GGGACCCUCACAUGAAGAUUAGAAAAGCUUCUGCACCCUCUGCUCUGAGACAGGAGCUUCUCCGUGCCCUGCAGGAUGCCUGGAAACAUCAGAUCAGUGUCUGUGGUGUGGGUGCUGUCGGUCUGUCUGUUCUGCAGCAGACCGACCAGCGUGGGUGCAGCACCCAUCUGUGCCAAUGCCCAAACCGGGUGCCACAUCCUCUCCCUGGCCAACCUGUUUGACCGGGUCAUCCAACACUCAGCCAGGAUGCACGGUGUUUCAAACGACCUUCACUCCGAGUUUGAGCAGUACUUCCUGCCCAGUAAGAAUCAAAUUGGCCGGGUCAGUCGCAACUGUCACACCUCCGACAUCCUCACCCCAAAUGGCAAGGAGAACGCUCAGAGAAUGGCGAGAGAGGAGCUGACGGAGGUGAUUCUGAAGCUCCUGGUGGCAUGGAGGGAUCCUCUGUGGCAUUUCCACCAGAGCAUAGCUCACCAUCAUGACUUCAACAACUUCAGCUCCAAUAAAGCUCUUGAGAUGAGUGACAUGGUGCAUGAGCUGCGCAAAGGUGUACAGAAAGUGGCUGAGAAGAUGCAGAUGUUGGGGAUAAUAAGUAACUCAGUUAGCGGCCUGGCUUCUCAUGAGGCUUCCUUGCCAUCUGGAAGUGCUGAGUGGCGCCUGAUGAAAGACUAUGAACUCCUCUACUGCUUUCGCAGAGACUCCAACAAGAUCCAGAACUACCUGAAGAUCCUAAAGUGUCGCAUUAUGCCAGAACAUGGAUGCUAAAGGCCAGGAAACUAUGGAGGCUGUGUUUAACUUCCGGAAAAUACCAACAUGUUGGAAUGGAAAUGCUACGAUUAGAAACUGCACGGAUAAAGCUGUAGUUUUUGUGUUUUCUAUCUGAAGGGUAUGGGACGUUAACUGAUAGAUAUGUUCACUCCUAUCAUGACUGAAGUGCUACUGAAACCCAAAGACUCUUCCCACCUCAGAUUAUAUCGAGCGUGGACAAACAUGAGUUGAGCGUGGACAGAAUGGAAUGAGUGUAAUGCAUGUUAUGAUAGACUCCUGUAUAACACACGUUUAAAUAUAAUACCAUAAAAAUCAUUUCAAGGAGCAUGGAUGCCAUGUUUUUUCAUUUCUACAGAGGGGAUACUAAGACACUGCACUUUACACCUAAAGUCAUCCUCCCUCUAUUAUGACGGAUCAAACAAAUCACACAUGAGGCUCUGCUGAUGGCUUGAGGUCUCAAGUUUAGCUAGUAAAGUGAAGCUCGUCUUCAUACAGUACUCACCUCAAAACAACACACCUUUAUACACUGAAAGAGUUACUGGUCACUGGUACUUCAUCAGAUGCAAAUAAAUAGUAUGCAACAUCAGCUGAAAGUCUGCAAUAUUCCUUUAUUGUAUAGAAUUCUAGAAGGUAAUGAAUCUGGGCAAAUAGUUCGGGUUUGAGAAAAAAAAAAAAAAA